CGAUGUGGAGGAGGAGCCUCCAUAUGUGAGGGGGAGUGAGGGAGGAAUGCAAGGGAAACGGAGAAGCCCGAAACAGAUGAGAUGAAGGCUGUUCAGGUGCUGUUCCGUUCCAGCUUUUCUGGAGACCAGAAGCUCCUUGAUCUUAUAAUGACUAUAAUACAGUCAUGGAUCAUCUCAUGAGCCACCUGAUCAAUAUCUGAAGUGGAGAAAUCGAUGCUGACUCUUUCUGAGCAACAACCUUUCGGGACAUACUGUGGGAUUAACCGCUGGGCUGUGGAACUUCAUAUCUUAAAAUGUCUGAUCACGAGGACCUGAAUAAAGCCAUGGGACACUGGAAUGCCUCAGAGAGCUAUCAGCUCAACCCAGCCAGUGUCAUCGUGUCAGUGGUCUUCUCGCUCAUCUUCCUCUUGGGGACCAUCGGGAACAGUCUGGUGCUGGCUGUGCUCCUUAGAAGUGGGCAGGUUGGGUACAACACCACCAAUCUGUUCAUCCUCAACCUCAGCGUAGCCGAUUUCUUCUUCAUCAUCUUCUGCGUGCCUUUCCAAGCAACCAUCUACUCCCUGGAGGGUUGGGUUUUCGGGUCCUUCAUGUGCAAGGUGGUUCACUUCUUCAUCAACCUCACCAUGUAUGCUAGCAGUUUCACACUGGCAGCGGUGUCGGUGGACAGAUAUCUGGCCAUUCGUUACCCGUUGCGCUCCAGAGAAUUGAGAACGCCGUGUAAUGCUGUUGUAGCAAUGGUGGUCAUCUGGGGCCUGUCGCUGGUUUUCGCUGGGCCUUACCUGAGUUACUACGACCUCAUCGAUUUCGAGAACAGCAAUGUGUGCGUGCCUGGAUGGGAAGAGCAUAACCGUAAGGUUCUGGACACAUGCACCUUUGUUUUUGGCUACGUUAUUCCAGUGCUGAUCGUGAGCCUGUCCUACACCCGCACCAUCAAGUACCUCUGGACAGCAGUCGACCCGCUUGAUGGGAUGUCGGAGUCGAAACGAGCAAAGCGCAAGGUCACCAAGAUGAUCAUUAUAGUCACGGUGCUCUUUUGCAUCUGCUGGCUGCCGUACCAUGUAGUGAUUUUGUGCUACCUCUAUGGAGACUUUCCCUUCAAUCAGACCACCUAUGCCUUCAGGCUGCUGUCCCACUGCAUGGCCUACGCCAACUCCUGCCUCAACCCCAUCGUUUACGCCCUGGUGUCCAAACACUUUCGCAAGGGCUUCAAGAAGGUUUUCAGCUGCAUCCUCAGCAAGAAGGGACGGAAUAAGGUGCAUGUGGUCAAUGUGGCCAACACCGUUCCCGGAUUCGAAGCGGGAUCCACUGAAGUGUCUCAAAUGAACGAAGAGAACGCCAGACAGAAUGAAAGUGAAAUGGUCAAUCGCCCACUCGCGCAGCCCCAGGACACCACAAUGACUAUAACGCUGCCAUUUCAGAAUCAGCCAUGAAAAUAAAGUGCACGGCUAAUGAUGCCUUACAGAAGCCUUAUUAAAAGAAAACACUCAAAGUGAGCCGGAGGAUUUCUGCAGCUUUGAUCGACAUCACCAUGGUUCUGCAUUGACUGAAGGAGCACAGCGGAGAGUGUAGUUAUUUAACAUUCAAAUCGCUGCGUGAAUUGAAGUUGUAGAUUCAACUGGGUUUUUCGUACCGAUGCAUCCUCGCGUUCUGAUUGGUUAUUUGGGUUGUUGUGCAACAUAAUGUCUUCUUUCAUGAGCCUUUAUUUAUUUCAGCGACAGCAUUGUUUGUUUGUUUCCUAUUACCCUCUAAGCAUGUUUCAAUUUAAUGCUGUGAUGACUAUUCUCCUGUGAAAAUUUGUUACCAAUUAUUGUGCGUAACACUUUAAUAUCUGAAGAGCCCUGUGUCUUUAUGUGAGCAAAGCUGUGAUUUCCUACUGUGUGUGAAGCUUUGAAGAAGACUCUUUGAUUAUGCUUCUCAGCUUCGCUUAACAAGCUCUUUAAAAAAAUAUGCUUAUGUUAAGUACUAUGUUCUUGCUCUUACCUCUGUUUAAUAACUCGGAUAUUCUCUGCUGUUUUGAAUGUUUAGACAUUCUUUGAUUGUUGUAUUUUAUAUAAAUCACUAUAGAUUAAAUUCAACAUCCCUAAAAUCGGAGAAGCUUAGAAAUCCAACAGUUUACUGUGAAUGGUUCUUGUGCUGCCUUAAAGGACUGUUCUUUAUUCAUUACCACUUCAGCUCAGUUGACAUCUUUGAGGGUAUAAUAUAGAACUUCUCGAAUUUAAAACCAAUUUGUAAAUCAUACAAUGUGAACUAUUUCAAUAGCAGCUUACCGCUGAGCACAAUAUGCAUGUUUAUAGUUCACCCAUAAACGAAAAUGUGCUCAGCAUCAGGUUAUGCAUGAUAAAGUUGACCUUAUUUGUUGUUUUAUUUUAUCUUAUUUCAUUUAUUUAUUUUUUAUCAGAAGAACAUUAAAGUAGAUUAUUAGCUGAUACUGUGGUCAUUAUAUAUAACUCAACAGAUAGAGACACUUUGGCUGGAGUAAAAAAUACAGUAAAAUUCAAAUUAAUUCCAGCAAUUGAUGCUGAUUGCUUAAAACUGAGAGAAGGGAUGUGUGUGGGGUAUAUUAUUUGUCAAAGUGGUACAUGUGCUUAUUCUGGAUCCAGCAAACUAGUCCUGCAGUCUCUGAGGAAAAUGCAAACAACCAUUUGCUGUGGCUGUGUGGAUUUAAGGUAAUUUAGGUCAUUUUUCUAAACAGACUGACCAUUUUUGCUUCAAAUUAAAUUGUAUCAUCUGGAGCCCUGUGAAAAAAAAGAUUACUGGAUAUAUGUUUUUUAUCCAUCUACUUUGGUGUUCUACUUAUAAAAAAUACAAUAUCUACAUCUUAGAUUGCCUGAAAUGGGUAAAUUAACAGCAGCUUUCCAAUUUUGUGUGGUCUAGCCCUUUAUUAAGAUUUUUGGGCAGAAAACAAUGCUGACUAAUCUUUACUGUGUAAAGUCACUGUCAAUUUUACAAUUUGCAUCUAAAACAACAAAGAAUAAAGGUACACACUUCACAUUUAUUACUUUGAAUCCCCACAGCACUUAAAAGUAAAAACAGAUACAGUAUAACAGGCCUGUAGCCAG